ACCCAUUUCUAUUGGAUAAUGAAUAUGGUUCCAGAGUUCCAACCUUUUGCCUUUGUUUUCUCCGCUUCCGCCUCCACCUCGGCCCGAUCUCCUGCACUUUCCUAGGCGUGAGACAGGAUUCUCUUCCAUUCACCAUUUUAUAAGGCCACCCAUCGACAAUACCUUCCUCUGUAACUCUCUCUCUCUCUCUCUCUGUUAAUAGCCACAGCAGCAUCCCUCUGUACCACCACUUCAAGUCUUCAACCUUAUUGCUGAUUAUAUAUACAGAGCGUUCAGUCUUUCCUUCUAUCUCAGUUUAAGUAGCUUCAUCUUUGGAUUUAUUCUCAAAGGCGCCCAGGAGCUAUUCUGUUCUCAAAGGCCACUUUUUCUUUAAAGGGUCAUCCAAUCUAGAUAUAGUCAUUUAGAGAUGCUAUGGAAGGAGCAUUGAAUCAAGCCCAUGCUCCUUACACGAUAGACGUGGUUCUUGGCUAAUCAAAUCUGGACAUUCAACUUGGCAAAUUCAAAUUGAUCUACUGCAUAUGUAUAGGAAAACCUUGAGUUCAUUCUAUCUGUCAGAUGAACCUCCUCUCAAGUCAUCUAUUUUGUGGAAAGCAUGGACCUCUGUGGUCUCCACAUCUACUACUUAUAGAAGCUCUGGUAUUUUAUUUAUCCAAAUCAUGCAUAAGUCUUAUGGAGGAAGACCCAAGAAGAAAAUCUAUCACAGAGUACAUGAACUUGAUAAAGUUAUGGACCUUCAGAAGAAGCCAUCAAUUAUCCUACAACUCAAAACCAUUAUCCAAAGCAAGAAAAACCACUUUCUUCUUGUUAGAGACCUUGAGAAAGAAGUUGGGUUUGUCCAGAAAUGGAAUUUUAUGUCUGUGAUUGAAAAAUAUCCUUCAAUCUUUCAUGUUAGUGGUGGAAAGGGAGCACCCAUGUCAAUUAGGCUGACAGAAAAGGCAGAAAAGAUUGCUGCAGAAGAAGCCAAAGCUAGAGAAUUAAUGGAACCUAUUUUGGUAAAGAAUCUGAGGAAGCUAUUAAUGAUGUCGAUGGACUGUAGGAUCCCUCUUGAGAAGAUUGAAUUCAUCCAAGCUGAACUGGGUUUACCUAGGGAUUUCAAGAUGUCCUUGAUUCCAAAGUACCCAGAAUUUUUCUCUGUGAAAGACAUCAAUGGAAAACCUUACCUUCUCUUGGAAUGUUGGGAUUCUUCUCUAGCAAUUACUGCACGAGAAGAAAAAUUAGGUUAUAUUGCAGCUGGUGAAGCGAGCUUGAAUUUCAAUGGCUGCAAUAAGGCCAAGAUGUCUAGAGAUGGUAACUUCUGUGGCCCUUUUGCUUUCCGUAUGAAUUUUCCUGCUGGUUUCAGACCCAACACAAAAUAUCUUGAAGAAAUUCAGAAAUGGCAGAAAAUGCCCUUCCCUUCUCCAUAUCUGAAUGCAAGAAGAUUUGACCCUGCAGACCCAAAAGCUCGAAAACGUGCAGUUGCAGUGCUUCAUGAACUCCUAAGUUUGACCAUGGAGAAGAGGAUGAAUUCUGCUCAAUUGGAUGCAUUCCAUGCUGAAUAUCAAUUACCAUUUAAACUGUUGCUUUGUUUGGUUAAAAAUCAUGGCAUCUUCUACAUCACCAAUAAAGGGGCAAGAAGUACAGUUUUUCUCAAGGAAGCUUAUGAUGGCUCAAAUUUGAUUGAGAAAUGUUCUCUUAUGAGAUUCAAUGAUAAGUUUGUAGCACUCAGUGGUAGGAGAGAUUACAAUUUGAAUGAUGGAAUGUCUUUAUUGCAGGUUGAUACAUGAAACUGGAAAGUUAUGAUUUUUACUAAUAGACAUAGAGUCUUGUAAAUAACAUUUUUUUUUUUGGAAUUCUAUACUUACGCUCAAUUAAUUUUCCUUCCAUGUUUCUUGAGCUCA